AUGCGAGAAAUAUUUUUGGCAUUAUUGUCAAUUCUUAUUCGUAUUCAAUGUUUGGAUUUUACGCCAUCAGAUCCAGCUUGCGACACAAUGAUUCCCACUUUCAAUACAAAUAUUCUCAACGACUCUUUAAAAAAUAGUUCGUAUAAAAUACGAAUUUUUGAUCAAAAUUAUAAAGAAACUUUUGAAUAUAAUCCAAAUUCAGCUCAAAUAUUGUACGUAAAAGUGGAAGGAGGUCCUUUUGAACGAGCGCAUAUUCAAGCGAGGUCGGUGCUUAAUCCGACAAUUCAAGUGGGGCAUUUUUUGCAAUCAACAUCAAGUUAUUUUAAAUUGGUGAAUUGCAGUGAUAUUUAUGGUUCGAGUAGUGCAAUAAUAAACGAUCAUCACAUAUCUAGAAGGCAUGAAAAACUAAAAUGGAAGCCACCAAAAAUAUCCGUUGGACCUAUCAUAUUUCUUGCAAGUAUUAUUCAAUCGAAAUACCUAUUGCAUAUUCGUUCAUCUUUUCUUUCACCCUAUAAAUCACAAAUUUAUUUAGACAAUCUUGGCUGUGGCCAGUCUUAUAGCUGUUUUAAAAUCGGUGAUGAUUCUUGUAUAUUUGGUGAUACGUGUCGAUUUUCGUUGAAAUGGCGUUGUUAUAAGCGAUCAUUGGUUCUUGAAGGAAUGCAAAAUAGUAAAAUUGUCUCAUUUGGAUUCGCUAUGGACGAUCAUCAUGCAGUUUUAUGUGUCUCCGGGCCUAAUUCUGUAAAGACUAAUGAUUUUAUCAUAUCUGAUGAUAAAAUAUUUCUUAGUGUUGUGAAACGAUCAAAUAAUCGCAGUUUAAAAGUUAUGGAAGAACGAAAAAAGAUAUAUUGCCGGUUUGAAAUGGAAAAGCCAAAACAUAACACAACAGUUUUUAUAUAUGGAAAGGCAGACCACUAUGGUCAUCCGUAUAAACUCCGUCGAUGGCAAUUGCCCGAUCAUAGUUUAUGCAAUCCGAAUUCGUUCAAUUCCAGAACGCAGCUCAGAUCGAAACCUUCGAUCACUUUAAUGGAUUCCGGUGUUCAAUCGUUUUUCAGUGCCUAUUUUUAUUGUGGCUUUUUUUUAUUAUCUUUUAGUUUAUUAAGGCAAUUAUAA